AUUCCAGGAGGGAUGUUCUGCCAGCAGCAGCAGCAGCAGCAGAAGCAGCAGCAGCAGCAGCAGGGCAAACAGCCAUGCCUAAGCAGCCCACAGUAUAGCCAACCAAAAUGCCCAAAUCCGUGCUCUUCCAAGUGCUCAUACCCUUCUAAGUGCCCAGAACACUGCUCUCCCAAAUGCCCAAAGCCAUGCCAAUCCAAGUGCUCAGAGCAAUAUUCUAUAUGCCCAGAUCCAUGCCAUCCUAAGUUCCAAGAUUCAUGUCACUCUAAGUGUCCAGAGUCUUGCCCUCCUAAGAAUCCAGAGCCAUGCCCUCUUAAAUGCCCAGAUCCAUGCCCUCCUAAGAAUCCAGAUCCAUGCCUUUCUACAUGCUCAGAUCUAUGCCCUCCUAAAUGUCCAGAUCCAUGCCCUCCUAAAUACCCAGAUCCAUGCCAUCCUAAGAAUCCAGAGCCAUGCCUUUCCACAUGCUCAGAUCCAUGCCAUCCUAAGUAUCCAGAUCCAUGCCCUCCUAAAUACCCAGAUCCAUGCCAUCCUAAGAGUCCAGAGCCAUGCCCUUCCACAUGCUCAGAUCCAUGCCCUUCUAAAUACCCAGAUGCAUGUCAUCCUAAAUGCCCAGAUCCAUGCCACCUUAAGAAUCCAGAAUCAUGCCCUCCUAAAUGUCCAGAUCCAUGCCAUUCUAAGAAUCCAGAGCCAUGUCCUCCUAAAUGCCCAGAUCCAUGCCAUUCUAAGAAUCCAGAGCCAUGUUCUCCUAAAUGCCCAGAUCCUUGCCACCCCAAGAAUCCAGAGCCAUGCCCUUCUAAAUGCCCAGAUCCGUGUCCUCCUAAGUGUUCAGAGUCAUGUCCUUCUAAAUGCCUUGAUCCAUGCCAUCCUAAGAAUCCAGAUCCAUGCCCUCCUAAAUUUCCAGAUCCAUGCCAUCCUAAAAAUCCAGAGCUAUGACUUCAUAAAUGCCCAGAGGCAUACACUCCCAAAUGCCCAGAUCCAUGCCCUCCUAAGUGUUCCCUUCCUAACUGCCUAGAACAAUGUUCUCCCAAGUGCCCAGAGUCAUACCCUCCCAGGUGCCCAGAGAUAUAUCAUCCCAAGUAUUGAAACCCAUGCCCUCCCAAUGCCAAGAGCCGAGUUCACCACAGUUGUGCCCAGUGAAGCUUCCUCACACCUGCCAACAGUACCUUCACUCAGCAAGAACAGCACCUAUUGCCCAUCAGACCAUGAAACAAGGAGUGUGAGAAGUCUGAAGUGGCCCCCGCUUCUCCCCCUUCUCUUGGAACCUCCAUGUCUUUCUGUCUUUGAUCUGCCCUUGAUGGAAAUCCUCAGAGAAGAGUAUUUACUCCUGGAGCUGCAAUCAUUUGAAAAACCAGAAUCCUUUUGUCACUGCGCAUCUCCACACCACCUGGGAUGAGAGAAAGCAGAAAAAGGACUGCCUACUCAACAGCAGGCAACGAGGUGGCGAUAUAGGGCAGAGUCUGGAGUCUGGAUGCCUCCUCUUCAUGAGUUCAAAUUUAGCCUCAGACACUUAGUAGAUGCAGGACUCUGAGCAUGUCAUGUAACCCUGUCUAUCUCAAUUUCCUCAUCUGUAAAAGAAGAUGGGAAAGGUGAU